AUGGAAAUGCAAUUCUUCAACACAUUAAAAAUUCGACCUCUGCAAAACGAAGAGAAAAAUGAGAAUGCCCAAAACAUUGGCAACGCUUGUUUACUCUUCGUCGUUGCCUCACAAAUUGAUUCCCAUGUCCACGGGACAGACGAAGAGUCUUUCACAUCGAUUGUUAUAUCUCAAAACGGCCUCGAUUUCAUUAAGGACUUACUCAUAACGAAAGAAAUAGCUUCAAUAGUCCCGCUAAAGCUGCCCAAGAUCGAGAAAACAGUUAAAAUUCCGCUUGUGGGAAAUGUUCGGAUGCAUUUAUCAAAUACCACGAUUUAUCGGAUGGAUGUUUUGUCCUCUUAUGUUAAGUCCGGAGAGUCGGGUGUAGUGAUUGUUGCUUCUGGAAUCACGUGUAGUUUGAGCAUGAAUUGGUAUUAUGAGUACAGCACUUGGUUAGUUCCAGUCGAUAUUUCUGAUAGAGGGAGAGCUUAUCUUCAGAUUGAAGGCAUGGAAGUAGGACUUACAUUAGGCUUGAAGAACCACAAAGGAACUUUGAAGCUAUCCAUCAUUGACCGUGGUUGUCAUGUCAAAGAUAUCUCCAUAAAAUUGGAUGGAGGAGCUUCAUGGCUCUAUCAAGGGAUGGUUGAUGCAUUUCAAGAACAGAUAGGUUCUUCAGUGGAAAAUGCUAUCACCAAGAAACUUGAAGAAGGAAUUUUAAAACUUGAUUCCUUUCUACAGUCUCUUCCAACAGAAAUUCCAGUGGAUGAUCAUGCUUCAUUGAAUGUAACAUUCAUCGGCAGCCCUUUAUUGAGUAGUUCUUCUAUUGGGUUUGACAUCAAUGGAUUAUUUACAGCUAGGAAGAAGGUUCCAUCCCCAGAGUACUUUCAUCUGAAUUUGCAACCUUCAGUGUCAUGUACAGAUCAAUAUAAAAUGGUUGGAAUUUCACUGGAUGAGGCCGUAUUUAACUCUGCAUCAGCCUUAUACUAUGAUGCAGAAUUUUUGCGGUGGACUGUGGAUAAAGUGCCAGAUCAGUCUGUUUUAAACACUGCUGGAUGGAAAUACAUUAUUCCCCAGCUGUACAGGAAAUACCCAAAUGAUGAUAUGAUGUUGAAUAUCACUCUUUCUUCUCCUCCAGUCAUUAGGGUUUCAGAGCAUAGUACUGAUGCUACCAUGAACCUAGACUUGAUUAUUUAUGUUUUGGAAGAAGAUAAAGCUAUACCUGUUGCUUGCAUUGCAGUGGUUGUCUGUGGCUCAGGUUCUGUUAAAAUAUCAGGUAAUAACCUUGCUAGUAGUGUGAAAUUGAACGACUUUACAAUGUCUUUGAAGUGGAGCAAAAUUGGUAAUCUACGAUUGUAUCUCAUUCAGCCGGUGAUGUGGACUAUCAUCCAAACUGUUUUAUUGCCGUAUGUUAAUUCGCAUCUUGGACAAGGCUUCCCCUUGCCCAUCAUUCAUGGUUUCACCCUUAAGAAUGCUGAAAUUAUAAGCUCUAGUUCAAAGAUUACCAUUUGCAGUGAUGUGGCAUAUACAGAGUCUCUCAAUCUGAAUCAGCUUCUUUUCAAUUUAAGUAGAUACACCAUUUCAUAUUAAGACAUCAGGAAACGCAUACGGAGAGGAAACAAAGUUUGAGAUUCCACCACCCUUUGUAUAGUGCUGUUACACAUUUAACGUUAGCUUUGAUGUUUCAGCUUUUGGAUGUAUAAAUUAUGAUAUAAUUCUUUGUAUGUUGAAGGUCCUACUAUUUGCAAGGUAUGCAUGGUUUAUCUUAAUUUCUUCAACAAUAUGAAAGUAGCCUACCCAACUGUUUACUAUGAAUUAUUAUAUUUUUGUAUGAAUGAAAUAAAAAAAAUCGCUUAUUGGUUCUCUUA